GCAGCCGUCAUCGGCAAGGCGCCGCUGGUCGGCAGGGCAGGAGGCCAGCAGCUUCGAGCUGGCCUAGUCAUGUUCGGCUGCAAUGGCAACACUUGGAGCAGGAGUAUUGAAGCCAUCGAGGCCUUCUUCAAGGCGUACGACUACUGGCCCGACGUAGUGGCGCUGCAGGAGACGAGGCUCCCGCAUGAGCGCUUGCCCAGUGCGGCGGCUCAGGCCCGCGGCCUGGGUUACGCGGCCUUCCUCCACGAGGCGGCGCUGACGGAGAAGCAGGGGCCCCAGGCGACCUCAGGCGGCGUGGCGAUUCUGGUGCGGGACGGCUUGCAGGCCGACGAGUCUGCGUACCCGGUGCCCUCGGCCUUGCGGCACCGCCUCAUCGGGGUGGAGGUCGCCGCCGCCUCGGGCCUUCGGAUCCUGGUGCUCGCUGGGUACUUUCAGCACUCUGUGGGCCCUCGAGGCACCAACCUGGACAUGUUUUCGGCCAUCUCGGGGGUGACGGGCUCUUCUGCCGACAUCCCGUGGGUCCUCCAAGCCGACUUCAACAUGGAGCCCGAGCCCCUGGAGGAGUUGGGGUGGCCCGCGGCGGUGCGGGGGCACGUCCUGGGGCCUUCGGAGGCGACGUGCCAUGCCGAGGGAUGUGACCACCUCUACGACUGGUUCGUGGCUUCCGCAGCGUUGGCUGCCUGCACGGCCUCCUGCGCCACCACACUCGAGGGCUUCGGUCUGCACCCUCAUCGCCCUGUCCUGCUUCGCCUCCAGGACGUUCGGGCAGAUGCGUUGGUGGAGGUUCCGUCCAGGCCCGCACGCUUCCCCGAAGUUGCUCCUGAGCUCCUUCGGGCGCACGAGGACGCGGAGAUUGUGUGCUACUCGGUUGGCAAGAAGGGACAGGCCACGCCUAGGUGCGUCGAGUGGUCCUGGGACGCAGGCACGUCACCGACCAACCUCUCCGUCGCCUUCAGCGAGUGGGCGGCGGCUGCCGAAGGCACCCUGGUCGGCAUCCACGGCAUCGGCCAGGCAGACUUGGCCCGUCAUCUCGGCAGAGGAGAGGGGCCUCGGCUGUCCCUCAAGCCUCUCAGUGCCUUGGUCAGACGGGAUGCCAGGUUCAGGUUCAGCCUCCUCACGCACCGCUUGAGGAGCUGCCUGGACGUGGCCCUCCAGCGGGUGCGCGCUGAGAGGACUGGCCGCUGGCACCCACGGCAUGCAGACUGGUACGGGCACCAGGCCGAGCUCAGGGCGCAGCUCUUGCUAGAGGCGGUGCAGGAGGCUGCCGACUCGGUAGGUGGGGCUCUCCCUGGCGCAGCUCCUGAUCGACUAGGCGACCUGGUGUUUCAGGCGGGCGUCCACGGCAGCCCUGACGCCGUUCGGGACCUCCAAGGGCUGCUCGGUGCAUCGCAGCGCCGCGACGCUGCUCAGAGCGCCCAGGCCUGGCGCAACUGGGCACAGACUGCGGUCGAGAAGGGCGGUCGUCUGGCCCACCGCUUCUCGAAGGCGACGCCUCCGCCGACGGUCAGGGACGCUGACUCGGGCAGGAGGCUUGUUGGGAUGGCAGCGAUCGGCGAGCUCACGAGUGUCUGGCAGAAGCUGUGGCUCCAGGACGGGUUCGCCCUGGGCGCAGGGGCCAGCAGCUGGGACGUUGGCGAGUGGCGGCUGCCACCCAUCUCGCUGGAGCAGCUCCAGGCGGCCUGCAAGCGCUACAGUACGGUUUUGGCUGGGUGUGCGUGUGCGACAGCAGUUGCGAAGCUCCCAGUGCUGGGCGCCCUCCUGGCCGCGGGGGCGACGUGCCCGUUGGUCACGCCGAGAAAUGUUGUCGACGACAUCUCGCUCCAGGCGGUCGGCACGGCCCGACUCGUCAAGCAGCAGCUGUUGGCCUCCAGCUGUGAAGUGGUCCGCCAGCUGCGUGAACAGCACCUCCCACUCAACGAGAGUAAGUCGGUCUUCCUGGCAUCGUCGCCGCAGCUCGCCAAGGAGCUUUCCGAGGCGUGGGCAGCGCAGGGCUUGGCCUUCAAGAGGGGUCUGCAGGCGAGGAACCUCGGCACCGACGCCAACAUUACUCGUCGAGGGGUGCAUGAAGGUGCUGUGCGUGCGGGCGGCGGCCUUCGGCGUGGACGCAGGCUCGGGGUGCUUCGCUCAGCUGGUGCGGCGACCGAGAUGGUCCACCGUGCUGGGCCCACCGCGGCGAUGCUGUGGGGGCGUACUGUGACUGGUGUACCUGAUAGGGAGCUUCAUUCGUGGCGCUUGGCGGCUGUGCGCUCGGCUGGGAAGUUCCCUAAGGGCGCCUCACUCGGGCUGAGGCUCAGAGCGGUGGAGGUCAUGCGGUCCAUCGACCUCGACCCGAGCCCCGCGCUGCUUCGUGCCGCUGUGCAGAUGGCGGCCAGCCUCCUUCAGUCGGGGGAGGUCUCGCAGCGCAUGUUCGAGACGGCCGUGCAGGAGGCGGAGCGGAGGCACGCGGGUGCAGCAGCCCCAUGGGCGCACUGCCGUACGCCAGUGGAUGCCUUGGCCCUCUCGCUCACCAGGGUGGGCUGGAGGCUCGUCCAAGGCACCCGCCUCGCCACCGACGACGGCCACAUCCUGGACCUGCGCAUGAUGGGGCCGCGCGAGCUGGGCCUGCUGGCAGCGGCAGGGGCGCGGCGUGCUUCGGACAGGUCGGAGCUGGCCCGCCUAGGCCACGGUGCGCUCCCCCCGUCGCCCCUGUUCUGGGAGGCCUUCUCGGAGGUCCUCGGGCCUGGCAGCAAGCUCAGCCCCAGGGAGAAGGCGGCGGUGGUGAGUUUCCUUUCCAACGCCCACUGGCCCCAGACCCGUCUGCACUCGGCGGGGGAGAGGGAGCAUGCUCGCUGCUGCGCUUGCGAUGCACCCCGCGGCAGCCUCUGGCACAGGCUGUUCGAGUGUCCCGUCCUCGCGGGGCCGAGGUCGGAUGCCAUGGCGGUCAUGUGGUGCAAUCGCCCCGCCGACGGUCUCCUCGGGGGGCGUCUAUACCUGGAUGGGUCGGCGCUCGACACCGAGUACGAGAGCCUACGGCGUGCGGGUUGGAGCAUCGUGCAGUGCGACUCCGACGGCAACAUGGAGUGCGCGGUGCACGGCAGCGUGCGCCUAGACCUCUGCCCUUUCCAGACGGCCAAGGACGGCGAGGAUUUCGCGGUCUGGAUGCUGUCUCGCUUCCUGGGCCCGAGUGUGGACGAGAUCCUCAUCGAUUGUGCGUCUACGGUCAGCUGCCUCACGUUGGGCAAGAGGUACGCUACGGCAGCCAACAAGCCCAAUGCCCAUCUCUGGGAGGGGAUCUACGCCUCGCUGGACGUGGACAUGCUCAAGGUUACCAAGGUGGCAGCCCAAUGCACCGCCAGAGAUGUGAUGGAUGGCAAGAUCACGGAGGCGGACCUCCGCGGCAAUGGUCAUGCCGACCGCUGGGCCAAGGCAGGUGCGGAGCUGCACCGCUCCAGCCCCGUGGCCAAGCGCGAGUUCUUCGGCGCGAUGGAGGUGGUGAGGGAGCUCUCAUGCUGGGUGGCGCAAGCCUCCCUCAUUUGGCAGGGGAUCGAGGUCAAGGACUGCGAGGGCCUACCUGAGGGCAGCGAGCGGACGGCUGUUUCCUUCGCCGUGCCCGUGGUGGAGCCCGCCAGCAGCCGCCCGUCCGACUCGGGUUCGGGCGACGGGUGGGCCUCGGCGGCGCGCGCUGGUGGGGUAUCCCUCGGCGCGACGGCCUUCGUCGUCGCUGGCCACGUCCUGGCCUUCGCCAGGUGCGGGGAGGGCGCCGCCGAGCAGGAGCUGAUGGCGUGCACCCACUGCGGGGCGUACGCGCGGCUGGGCGGGCGCUCAGGCGCGGCGCCCAAGCUCAAGGAGCAAUGCCCAGGGUCUGCUGGGCUUCCAAAGGGCAGGCGCGACCAGAAGGCACGCUGGAUGCAGGGGCGGCAUCCUGCUGGCACGCCCCACAGCGGCAGCAAGCGGGUCGGCGCGGCAGUGCCCAGCCUGCGCAAGGAGGACGUGGUGCCGAUGGACGCCAGGGUGCGCUUCCUGCAGUGGCUGGGGGUCCGCCCCGAGGAUGCCCCUGGCGGGGAGGCCGCCGGCGCCAGCCGCGGGCCCCCCAGCGGCGCGGCGGCCGCUAGCGAGGCGGCGGCUGAGCCGCUGGCGCCUGGCCCCGCGGGGGCCUCGCGGGAGGCGUGGCUUGGUGCCUACGGCCUGGACGAGGCGAGCCUCCUCGAGUGGUCAGCAGCGGCUGAGUCGGCGCGAGAGGACAGGCGCAAGAGGCGCCGCCUUGCAGAUGGUGACGAGGGGUCGUGA